AUGAGCUCACUGGACAAUGAAGUUGCAAGUCACCUUUCAGAUUUUAUUACCAAACCUUUGUCUCAAACUCCCUACUCUGACUUAAAAGAAAGGCUCUGCUCAGAAUACGAAAUUUCAGAAAAUGCCAAAGUAAAACAACUGACAAUAGAAGUUUUUCUCGGAGAUAAGAAGCCGACAACUCUUCUUCGUGAAAUGAGAACCUUAGCAGGCACACAGGUAACUGACAGUUUUUUGAAAGUUAUUUUUCUACAACGUCUACCUAGUCACAUUCGUACUGCUCUAGCUGCUUCUCAAACCAAUUCUCUUGAUGACUUAGCUAAAUUAGGUGACCAAAUAGCUGAACUAUCAGCUGUCGACAACUACGUUUGUGCUCAAGGAGAUGUUGCACAAUCUAGUGAUCGGAUUGCCAACUUAGAAAAACAAGUCAGCGAACUAACUCAGUCUAUUGAUGGACUUCUUAAGUUAAGUAAACGCAACUUUCCAGUCAAACAUAACAACAAUUACUAUCCUAAAGAGAGAAAUGAUCAAGGUGAAAUUUGCUGGUAUCAUAACAAAUUUGGUGAAAAUGCUAAAAAAUGUGUUCAACCUUGUUUGUUCACACCAAAAAAGAAUGCACAACAGGAAAACUUCCUGCCCCGUCACUAA